AUCCUAAAAUCAAGUCAGGAGAGAGAGAGAGAGAGAGAGAGAGAGCUUAGUAAAAGCUUCAAUCAAGAUUGACUGAGAAGAGGCAAGACCGAACCCAAUGGCUUCAACUUCCGCAGUUUCAAUGGCUAUGCCAAUUACUAAUGCGACCCAGAAGAGAGCAAGGAGCACCGACGCCUUCGCUAAGGCAUUGCCUUUGAGGCCUUCCAACAAGCCAACCGCUUCAUCAAACUCCAGAGCCAAGUUCCAAGUGCGGGCUUCUUUGAAGGAGAAGGCAGUUGCUGGACUCGCUGCUACUGCACUGACGGCCUCCAUGGUGCUUCCUGAGGUGGCUGAAGCUGCUGGGCCUGGAGUUAGUCCCUCUCUAAAGAAUUUCUUGCUCAGCAUUGCCGCCGGUGGAGUAGUCGUCGCUGCUAUCUUGGGUGCGAUUAUCGGCGUUUCCAAUUUCGAUCCGGUCAAGCGUACCUGAGCUGAGGAGGAUGACAUUCCACCAAUUCUGUUC